AAUAGGAUUUGAUCUGUGAUUGUAGAGAAAAGCGCUCGUUCUGAGAAUAGAAAACAUCUGCCUCCGUAGAGCGCUUUCAUGACCGAAACUCCGGAAACUGUUUUUCUCCGAUAGUGGAAUGAACCGUUUAUUGUGCGAUAACCCUGGUGCGUCAGUCCUAUUCCUCUAUAAUUCCACGCCGUGAUUUAAAUGCUGUCCCGCCACAAACGCGCCUCACUUUAGGGUCGUGUGUGUGAGAGAGAAAAUAAUACUUUAUAUUCAGUAACAACCACAGUGAGAGAACUAUCCCGGAGUCGGACAGUCUGUUAUUUCGCACAGAGCGAGGAGAGACGCAGCACGAGGACAAUAUUGACUCAAACGUUUACUUUGUGACUAUAGCUCUCAACAGGAACCGGCGGAUUCCUUACUAAAUAUAGACUACAACAAUUGUCAAAGUUUUUGACAACAAACAUUUACGGGUGUGGUGUUAUCCUGCGUUCCGUUGGAGUUGAUUUGUACAUUUUGACUAUUUUUUUUUUACCAUUAUUUGCCUUCCUCAAACGGACCUACAGCUACGUUUAAAGGUGGCUUUCUAAAGGCCAGGCAGGGCCAUGUCUCCAGUCUCAAUCUGCGAUUUGGAAUAGUGGUGACCUAGUGAAGCAGGUGUCCCCAGGUGAUGACCACACUGUUUUCCAGCCCAGCCCACGUCGUCAUGAAGGACCGCGAGCCUCCGCCAUCCUCCCUCACCCUGCUCCACUACCCUGGGAUGACGGUCACCGCCAAGACCCCCGGGGAUGACCCCUUUCCCUCCUCCACCUCUCCAUCCCUCUCCAAACCACAGCCCUUCUGCCUGCAGACCCUCCAGACCAGCCCUCACCUCCUCGCCAGCAUGCAGCUCCAGAAACUCAACUCCCACUACCAGAGUCUGGCUGGAGGCAGUGGUGCCUCAGGGCUCAACUCAGGGCCUCAGAGGGGGUUUGGGGGCUCCACGGUGGGCUCGGCUGGGCAGCUGGUCGGGGGUACCCCUGGAGGUGGCGGAGGUGGGAACCAGAGUUGUGGAUCUGGCGGGAUCAUAGAUUCUGACCCAGUGGAUGAAGAGGUUCUGAUGUCAUUGGUCAUAGAGCUGGGGUUGGACCGGGCCAAUGAGCUGCCUGAACUCUGGCUGGGACAGAAUGAGUUUGACUUUAUAGCGGACGUACCUGCUGGAUGUUGACCGGAUAGAGAGAUGGAAGGAGGGGAUCUGUGCUCUCUUUCAUUCUUCUGUUAGUCUCUUGUUUGGAUGGACACAGACUCCGACGUCCCUGCCGCGUACUAACCUAAACACAUAGAAAGAGAAACUGUCCUUUUGUUUUUUUUGGGGGGUCAACCUCAGUUUUUCUUUGAAAGAAAAAUGAUGACCACAAACGGACCCAAAGAGAGCAUGCGCUCUUGUUUUUUUCCCCUCUGUACCACCCUCUCAUUUCCUCUCUCAGAAGGACAGAGUGAGGACACGGGGCUGGGGUUUCGUCUUGUGUUUUUCUGUGAGUCUGUGUGUGUCAGAGAGGAUGUCGACUUCAGGGGGAACUUGUGUUUACCUUCAUUUAUUCCUCGGCGCAAAAGGACCCUGAAGCGGCGUUAAGGGUUGUGAACAUCCAACGGUUCAACAGAAACCAAGAGGGUCCUGUGGGUUUUGUCCCCUAUCUAUAUUUAACAGUAGGGAAAACACUGAGGGAUAGAAGAGCCUGGGGCCUGUCUCGUUGUACCUCCCAUGGGCCUCCUGCACACGUUCACACACACUGACUGAAGGAUGGGUGGUAUUAUGUUCCCUUAAUGCAGCUGUGAAACAGGCACUUGUUCAGUUACCCCAGCGUUCAGGGGGUUUGAUGCGACGCUAGGGUGAGAGAAUGAGCGAGAGAGAUGAGUGAGUGUACCUGUGUGUGAGAGGUUGUAUGAGACAGACAUGACAGGAGGCCUGUGUAGUCUCCAUGGUAUUGUCUGUAUCUAAAUAUGUUAUUGAGUCUCAAAGUCAGUGGUCUUCAUGUAACUCUGUAGGAGGAACGACUCAGUUUCACCCUCCUGUCUUGUUUCUGCCCGAUCUCCCCGUCUCGCUUUCCCUCUCUGUAUGUAUUGUAAGUCUCUUGCCCUAUGGAUAUCUUGCCCUAUGUCAAAUGGAUGAUUUCUGAAGAAGCAAAGAGAGCUAUGAGUCUCUCGCUUUCCCUUCUGUCUUUCUCUCUCCUGUGCUCUGAGCCAAGACACUCCGUCACUACCUACUCUGCUAUGUUACUGUAAAAGUAAAUGCGUACGUCCCAACUGGCACCCUAUUCCCUAUAUAGUGCACGUAUGGCCAGAGCCCUAUGGGUCCUGGUCUAAAGUAGUGCACUAUAAAGGGAAUCGGGUGCCAUUUGACUGUUCCAAUCUAUUAGUUAAUGAGGCUGUAGGAUACUGUUAAAGAUGGCUGCCUUGUUUGUUUUUCUGGGGUGGAAUGGGAGCGCUGAAGACUACCUAAUGACAAACUGAUUAUUGAGUCAUUAACUGAUUUACUUACAGUACCUACAUUGUGAAAGAGAUGUAUUUUUAUGUCUUGUGCAACUCAUUUUUUAAGACAGAAAAAAUUGACGAAAGUUUUUCAAUUGACUAAGUUCCCAGGUUUCAGUGAAUAGAGUCCUAAAGCCUGAAUCACAUUGCAUCAACACGACGUGAAAGACCACGUUUUAACACCCAGGAAAUUGAAGAUAACUACUGGGAUAUACCAACUUGUAAUUUUGGCGCAAGAACAUUUACUUUGAUUUAGUUUUUGUUCGUUUUGCUUAUUACAUUUCACAUAUUUGUGUGACUUAUUUUGUUUUAGGGUGAGAAACAUCUUGCUAUUGACUUUGUAAAAGAAACAAAUAUCAGAUAGUAAUGAAUCACCUGUCUAGUAGAUACUGUACUGAUUGUAUGAUCCUUAAUUUCUUAAAUUCACACCUUUUCAAGUGAAGGCUUUCUUUUGUUUAAGAGGUGGACCUAAUUUCUUUAUUUGUCUCAUCUUUGACUUUUGUUUUGCAAUUUAAAUGACGGAACGAAUAUAUCCGAGGUUGAUUUUAUUUUUUUGCAUCUCAUUUGUAUUUCUAUGUAAAUUACUAGAUCAUAUUUAAAUGGUUGUAUUUUUGUUCUCUGCAUGUUUGGGAAAAUAAAGAAUACCGAACUGAA